AUGCGGUCAUGUCGCAGGGCCAGAACCAGGGACUUGGUGCCCCUCUUCAACCUCCCCACGGUGGUACUACCUGCCGCCAAUGGCGCCCGUCCGGCAGCCGCUGCUUCAAGCGACCUAGCAGAAAAAGAGUUGCUGCUGCAAAAGGUGCAGCGAGCUUACAGCGACAAGGAAAAGCAUGCAGCGGCGCCACCGGGGGGCUCAAUGUGGGGCCAUUUCUCCGUCGGCGUCGAAACCGGCACAACGGGGCGGCAACAUCAUCAUCAGCAGCAGCAGCAGCAGACGAUGACGCAGCUGAACGGCACUCGGGGAACGUCCUACGGGACCACCGCAUGGCAGUCAGCGGCGCUGGGGGGUGCAGGAGCCGCUAGCGGGGCUGCGCGGGUUGCAAAGGGUGGUGGUUCCCACCAUGGCAGCAACACCGGCAGCAGCAACAGUGGGCCCUUCUUCAAGCCUUUGUUCAGCGUGCAUCUGAAGGGCAGCCGGGUGCUGGCGCUAGAUGCGGCGGCCUCGAUAGUAUUGGCCUCGGAGGCGAGUUGCGGCUCAGCUGGCACAUCCAUUCGGAAAAUCAGUAUGUAUGCACCCGAGAGCUGCACCCACAUACGUCUUCAACCGGACUCUGGCAUCCUCCUGGACAUGCAGCUGCAGGCCGCUGCCGCUGCCAGCGGCGCCGCCGCAGGUUCACUGCGCUUGCUGGCCGUCGCUGCUCAGCGCUCUCACCUGUCCCUCGCAGACACGCGCACCGACAGCAUCGUGGGGUCGUUCAGCAACCUGCCGCAUCGGGCCGUGUGCUGCAGCUGGGUUCCACCGACGGCGGGCCGAGACGGUAGCGGCGGCGGCAGCAACUCCUCGGGGGCGUACGGCGGGCAUCAGCUGAUCGCUGGUCUGGCCAUGGGUCACCUGGCUCUGCUGGACAUUCGUCGACCUAAUGGACCGGUGGCAUCGAUGGCGGUGCUGCAGCAGCAGCAGCAGCAUAGCUGCGGGGAGCUGCCAGUGCGGACGGUGGCGGCGUUGCCGUGGUGCGAACCCCCGGUGGCGCCUGUUGUCAGCGCCAGCACGUUGUGGCCGGCCUGCGUGGUGUCGUGCGCAAAAGGCGCGUGGUUGAUGGCGGGCGGUGGCGACGGAGGCGGACUGGCGGCGGGGGAGCAGCCAACGCUGCUACGUCUGGAUGAAGGGUUUGGUGGCGGGGGCAUGCGGCUUGAGUCUCUAUCAGUGCAGUGUCCAGAUGGGUUCUGGCACGGCGGCGGCAGUAGGUGGGGAGGAGCCGAGGGAGGAGCCGAGGGAGGGGGCUUGCCGGACAGGCCGCCGUGGCGGGUGGUGAUGUCGUGGACGCCGGCGGAUGAUCUGAGUGGAGGAGGGGCCGGGACUGCAGCGGUGCCGCGACAUGAAGUCGGCUUGCUCCGUGAAAACCCCCAGGCGCCGUACAAGCACGAGGCUACAGUUACGGGCUACACCCGGCGGUCCAUUUGUACGGUCCGCAGCUGUCUGGUGCCGCUGCCGCCAUCCGCCGCCGCAUCACAACCCCUCAACAGCCAAUCCUCCAACCACAGCAACCACCACCAAGGCCGCCACGAAGGCGACGGCCGGGAUGGGGACGCGGUCAGGGACUCCCCUGGAGCUGGCGACGGCGUUCUCCUGGUCUCCAGCGACUACGACAGCCGGCAGCCGCUGAUCUGGUCAUUACGCCCCGGUGGUGGCGGUGGCGGCGGUGGUGGCGGUGGCGGUGGCGGUGGCAUUUCCUUGUUGCAGAGGCUGGAUCCUCACCCCGAGGGGCCUACCUGCAUGGUCGCCGCGAGUGCUGCUGGUGGCGCUGGUGGUGGUGGUGUUAGGGAUUGGUUUCUGGCAUGCGGAAGCAUGUCGCGUGUGACUCUGUACAUGCGCCGCGAUGUGUAUUAG